AUGAGUCCUCAACCGAUGAACAUGACUCCCUCUGCCGAUCAUAGCGAGCUCUCUCUUCCUGACAACUCCCCUUCCCAUCACGCCAUCGCCCUCCAGUUCUCCUCCCUCAAGCUCCUCUCCGCUCAGCCUCACAUCCCCUAUGAUGCCUCCUCCAGCGACCAGGACUCCCCUAUGUCCGACGUCUCUGAGGACGAGGACGCGAGCUCCUGCCCUGUGCAGCCACGCAAGCCCAUCCCCUCCGCUCAUCGGGGACGUCGCGUCCACCGUCGACUCCUCAGGACCAGGUCGUCCGGGACCCUCAGCCCCAAGCGGACCAUCGCCAAGCCUCGCUUCUACUCCUCCCGGCCUGCGGGGAGGAUAGGCGUCUCCUCCUCGGAGUCCUCCUCGGAGUCAGAGACCUCGCAGUCCGACUCGGACGAGGAGGAGCGGAUGAAGGAGGCGGCAGGGGCCUUCGCGGGAGCAGGCUUCAUGCCGUUGGGGAUGAUGUCGCUCAUGUGCAAGUCAGGGAGCAAGCGGCACUUUGAGCCGCCGGCUCUGCCGACUGCCGCGGACUCGACCGCAAAUUCUGGUCAACCGGCUAUGGUGGUUACCCCCCAGUCACAUUUGAUGGAAAGGUCGACAGGGCGGAGGAUGGAGGGAGCGUAUGAGCAUGCCAUGGCGGCGAUGCGCUUGUCGAGCAUGCAGGACGAGCCGACCAAGGCUCCUCCUCAUGCUCAGCGCGCUGCGCACGUGUUUGCUGUCACCCGCCAUGUCUCCAAAGCUGUCUCUCUGCCGCACUCCAACCAGCUGACGGCUCUACCAUGCUCACUUGAAGCUGAGUUCCCGUCAGUCAACGCCGAAGAAUAUGCUCAGAGCAGGAGGGCUGAGAGAGGAUACGAGGCCUGCCAGGGACGGGCGAUGAACGUCAUGCACGUCUCUUCUGCUGCUGCUUUUCCGCUGAGGAGAGAGACUAGGGAAAGGUUGUCAUCGCACAACCAAGAGCAGCUGUCGCGGAUACAGCAGGAGAAGGAGGAACGGCGAGUGAAGAUGGUGACUGAAGCUCUUCUUGCCAUGGAAGAACCAAGCAGACAGGAGAUGCAGCGCGUUUUGACCCCGAAAGAGAAAGAUCUCAUUGCAUUCUACAACCCCAACCAAGUGGAUUCGAUUGACUCCAAGGGAAUAUGCGCAGAGCUGGCUAACAAGUUCUCCAUCUCUGAGCAGGAGGUCCUGGACAUCUGGCAGAGCAGAAAGCUUGACACCUGGAAGACAAGCGGUACACCCCCGAUGCUAGGAGGAUUUCUCUUUGAGGGAGACAAGGCAUUAGAGAAAGAGCUGACGAGCAAGAACUACAAGAUGAAUGUUCUAACUUCUUCCGAUGACAUAGACAAGGCGGUCAGUCAUAAGCGUGAGCACAAGAAGGAGUUCAAGUAUCCGAAGCAUGUGCUGAUGAACCUGCGAGCUCAACGACUGGUCAGAGUCGUCUGCGACAUGGGUCGACCUCCUUCGCUUGCUUGCCUGCACGUCAGUGUGAUCGAAGCAAGCAAUCUUCCCGUCCCCCAUGGCUUCGCGAACUUCUGGAACGUGGAGAGCAUCAGUCCGUUCGUCAGGGUCAGCCUGGACUUGCACCAAGACGACAGGAUGGAGAGGAGGAGCAUCGACACGUCUGUCAUCACGCAGGAGAAGAUGAGGCCGUUCUCUCGAUCUGCAACCAACCCUCUCUUCUAUCAGACAUGUUGCUUUGAGAACAUCCCUCCCAUCAUCGCCGGCGAAGUUCAGCAUGAGCUGAAGGUUGAAGUCUUCAACAAGGAGAUAUUUCAAGAUUCUCCUCUGGCUGACGUUGUCAUCCCCCUGCAAAGGCUGUGCGACGAAGCGAAUCGACCAGUUGAGCAAUGGCUGACGUUGGCCAGCAAUGAGAUGGUGGAAAGAGAGCCGAGGAUUCUUCUUGUGUUGUGGUUCAACCCGAUGUACACCGAGAAGCGAUCAGAAGAUUUCGGGGAUGUAGUCCCGACGGCGAUGAGAGAGAUUUUUCCCGAUGAUGCUGAUCGUCUCAAUGCUGCUGCUGUGCAGAUGCAGGGAGAGGAGGAACCUUCUCCAGAAGAUUCACAAGACCCACUUGAGAGAGGUGAAAACGUUCACAAGUUGGAGGACAUAGAGCAGCUCGUUGAGCCCCAACACCAAAGACUGGUGGAUGGUCAGGAGGAAGGUAGAGGAGAGCAGGAGGAGAAGGAGGAGGAGAAGGAGGAGGCGAAGGAGGAGGAGGAGGAGGCGAAGGAGGCGAAGGAGGAGAAGGAGGAGGAGGAGGAGGAGGAGGAGGAGAACGAGGAGGAGAAGGAGGAGGAGAAGGAGGAGAAGGACAAGGAGAAGAGUAGGAUGGAAGAGGAGUGGAACAAGAUGGAGGGAGGGGAGAAGGAGAAGGAGGAAACAUGGAGGAAGACAGUGAACGAGCUGAUCAUCACGAGAAAUCACAUGGAAGUUGCGAAACGACUUGAUCUUGCAAGAUGGAUGAGCAGCAAAGAAUGGGAGAAGUUUAUCGGACUUGCUUACUCGCAGCAUGAGACCUCUCUAUCACUCCAGUUUCUUCCUGGAGCCAGAAAGUUCCUCAAGGCUCUUUCUCGCAAUGGCUUCCGUGUCUCGCUCGUCUGUCAGGCCGACGAGGAUCUUGCGGCUUUUAUCAGUGCAAUGCUGAGGAAAACAACCUCCUCCCUCUCAUCCUCCCUUCUCGUGCUCUCCUCCUUCUUCCUUUCUUUCCUGUCCCCGUCUCCUUGUCUUCGUUGGGUUCUCGCCAGGUCUGCGGACUUGGUUGGAGAAGGAAAGGCAGUCGAGGACAAGAACCUGUUCUUCGUGCGAAAGUGA